UGUACUUCCGGGGAGGCACUUCCUGUUCGUCACCGCUAGCGCCGGAAGCGGGGCUGGGCGCACUGAGGGGAGCGGGGCGAGAUGCCUGUGACCGUGGGCCCGUACGGGCAAUCGCAGCCCAGCUGCUUCGACAGAGUGAAGAUGGGAUUCAUGAUGGGCUUUGCUGUCGGCAUGGCAGCCGGAGCCCUGUUCGGCACCUUCUCCUGCCUCAGGAUUGGCAUGAGAGGACGAGAGCUGAUGGGUGGAGUUGGCAAAACGAUGAUGCAAAGCGGAGGGACGUUUGGGACAUUCAUGGCUAUUGGAAUGGGAAUCCGCUGCUAACCUGGAGCACAGGUUUACCCCGGAGUACCCCAUUCAGCCGUUCCUCUGUGCCGUAAUAAAACGUUUAGACACCUGGAAGUGAGAGCUCUUCCUGCAGCGGGGAAGCCCUGUCCUCCUGGCUCUGCUGAUUGUAAACUGCUCUGUACCAAAUUUCUACUUUCCUCCCACCUCUGACUCCCUUGUACAACAAUAAAGUUCCUGUUUCACA